AACCGGAAAUCGAGCAGCCGCGUGACGCAAUCAUUUUACUCUCUCUGUGCCGAAGCCGAGUCCCGCGUUCUCUCUCCUAUUGUUUGAUCGUGUCUAAUCGCAUCAUUUAUCAUAUCGUCAUUGCGUUCGAUUUCCCAUCAACAUGAACGGCAUCGUGAGGAGCGCGGUACGCGCCUCGGCUCUACGCGGCAUGCUCAAGUCGUCGUCGACGAAGUCGUCGUCGUCCACCGGUCAACCCGCCAGAGCCUUGUGGAACAUGUGCGAGAGUCGGCGAACCGCCGAAGUCACGCCGUUCGUCUCCUCGUUCAAGUUGCACGACUUCCACGCCCGCAGAUGCUACGGCAGAUCGCACACAAAAGCGGAGAAGGAAUUAGUGGAAUUUCUUGCGGAGGAAAUAGUAGCGGAGAAAAAGGCACAGAAGUUAAAAACAAUCCCAACUACUUUAGAUGGAUUCACAGUAUCCCUUAAUGGUGCGGAGGUUAAUCUAGAAAAAAAAGAAGACACUGAUACUAUUCGUAUUUCCUUUAAUGUAAACCAUACGGUGGAUGCCGAUGCUGAAGCAGAUGUUGAUCCUCGUCAAGAUGAUGUGGAGAUUGGUGAAAUGAAGAGCAAGCCGACAUUCACAGUAGAUAUAAUUAGAGACAAUCGGACUUUGGGCUUCACAUGUUCCUUUAACAACCAACCUGGCGCGUCAGGUGCUGAUGAUAGCUACAACGAUAUAUUUGGCAUCGAUGAAAUCACAUUGUACGAGGGAGAACAUAGUGAGAGAGUGUACUCUGUAGCUGGUGAAAUUCUUGAUGGUUAUUUAUACGAUCUACUGAUGAACUAUCUUGAGGAGAAAGGCAUUUCGAAUGAAUUUGCAGAUAAGCUAAUUGAUUUAAGUACAUCUUAUGAACACACUGCAUAUGUCAGUUUGCUGGAAGGUUUAUCGAAGUUCACUUCGGGAAAGUAAUUUUAGGAAUUUAAUGUUAAGACAUUUCUUGCGAUUUACGACACCAUAGUUGUAUGCUUAAGAAUUGUUAAUAAAUGUAUUGAUAUUCAAAUGAAAUAAAAAAUGAUACAUUAAAUACA